CAUUCUCUUCUUUGAUAUCUUUCAUUCCACAAACACAUUCUCUUCUUUAAUUUUCUUUCUUCCACAAGUUUCUUUCUUAAAUCAUGGAGUUUACAUCUCCUAGUCGCUCUGGAAAGGACGAACAAGUUGUUCCUCCUAAGAGAGGUCGGGUCAAGAUCAUGAUCGCUCGUGAUCUAGCCACCUCGAUCACCUGGAAUCCUAGGAGAAGCCGAAUCAAGAGUAUGAUCGCUCGCGAUCUAAUCAGAUCAGCAACCUUCCCAGGGACCAAGAACAACCACGACGGAGACGGGAAUAGAGAAGGCUGAGAGCUGUCUGAUAUCUGUCUUCAGUUAUUGGAUCGGAUCGAACUGUAUAUUUGUAUGAUAUUAUGUAAGAGAACAUCCCGGUCAACUCCUGGGUUUGUAAAAUAGUGAUGUUACGGUUGGUCAUAUGUUGUAUAAAAUAAUACUUUGUAAUAUACAAAUGUAAAAAAGAGAGAUGCUUGUGUAAAAAGAUUUACCUGUUUCGAUUUUUAUAUCCAUGUGUCAUCCAUAUGAAAUGCGUCAACAUAUAUAAUAGUUAACUCAUG